AUGGAACAGCUUCGGAAUGCACAAUCUGUAAGGAAGAGGUCUCUCAAGUUGCACAAACAGUUGUUCAGCUCCCAUGUCAUCCAGUACAUCUUUUUCACCGAGGAUGCAUUCAAAACUGAACACAAGCUGCCCCAUGUGCCGAGUUGUAUUCCAACUACCACCUCCUCAAACUCGGAACCCUCUGGUUAA